CGGUCAAGUAGAACUUCCGGUUGAUCCUGAUGUUAUAUUUAUGUAGUGUUUUCCUAUAGAAAGUGAUGCUCGGUGUAAAAAUUGACGACUUUAAUAAUUUCGUAAAGAUGCUUUAGAACUCUUUUUUUGAAUAAUUAAAUUGUUGAGCAGUGAUAGUCAGCUGAUUGGACUCUGUGGAAGAAUAAGAAAUGGAUUCGCCCUUUAAAGGCAAAGUUGUAGUUGUAGGAGGUGGAAUAGCUGGAGUUACAUGUGCUGAGCAGCUUGCUUUUGAUUUUCCCUCUGAAGAUAUUAUUUUGUUGACAGCAUCUUCUGUGAUCAAAGCUGUAACAAAUUUAAAACCGGUGUCUCGAACUUUAGAAGAUUUUAAAGUAGAGGAGCACGGCUGCAGCUCAUUGGAAGACCGUUGCCCAAACAUUAAAGUAAUACAGUCACCAGUAAAAGCACUAGAUGGAACUGGACAUAAAGUUUUUACUGAAGAUGGAAGAUGCUACUCUUAUGAAAAACUUUGCAUAUGCACAGGUGCCAGGCCAAAGCUGAUUGCCAAAGAAAAUCCUUUUGUUUUAGGAAUCCGUGAUACAGACAGCGCACAGGAAUUUCAGAAGCGCUUGGAAUCUGCUAAAAGAAUCAUAGUGAUAGGUAACGGGGGCAUAGCACUUGAAUUAGUGUAUGAAGUUGAAGGUUGUGAAGUCAUUUGGGCUAUAAAAGAUAAAGCAAUUGGAAAUACCUUCUUUGAUGCUGGUGCUGCUGCAUUUCUGAUUCCACAGUUAGAGGCUCCAAAGGCUGAGAUAGCAGUCCCAUGUCGAAGAACAAAGUACAUGGCCGAUGGUGACAAGCCAGCGCUGAGUAGAACAGAAGGUGGAAAUCCUGGCACUGCAUUGGGUCCAGACUGGCAUGAAGGAAUACCUCUUCGAGGGAGUAAAGGGGUUUCUCAUAGUGUCCAUGUUGAGUACCAGUGUGAGGUUGAACAGAUCUUCUUACAGCAAGAAUUUCUACAGCAGCAGGCAAAAUCACUAUCAUUUCCUGGAAACAAGGCAGAAAAUGCUGAACUACAGUUAGAUAAAGAAGUCUGGCCUGUGUAUGUGCGUCUCACCAGUGGGAAGACAUAUGGCUGUGACUUUGUUGUCAGUGCAACUGGAGUUGUACCUAAUGUGGAGCCUUUUCUCAGUGAGAAAUUUGAUUUGGCAGAAGAUGGUGGACUUAAAGUGGAUGACCACAUGCGUACUUCAGUACCAGAUGUGUACGCUGCUGGUGAUGUCUGUACUGCAGCUUGGGAGCCCAGUCCCCUCUGGCAACAGAUGCGACUGUGGACCCAGGCUAGACAGAUGGGGUGGUAUGCGGCAAAGAGUAUAGCUGCUGAUAUACGUGGAGAAACAAUUGAAAUGGACUUUUGUUUUGAGUUGUUUGCGCAUAUUACCAAAUUUUUUAACUACAAGGUCAUACUUUUGGGAAAGUACAAUGCCCAAGGUCUAGGUGUUGAUCAUGAAUUACUGCUAAGAUGUACCAAAGGGCAAGAAUAUGUGAAAGUCGUGAUGCAGAAUGGUAGAAUGAAAGGAGUUGUAUUAAUCGGUGAUACAGACUUAGAAGAAACAUUUGAAAAUUUAAUUUUAAACCAGAUGGAUCUUUCAAAAUAUGGAGAAGACCUCCUUAAUCCAGACAUUGAUAUUGAGGAUUACUUUGAUUAAGACAGGUUGAGGACAGCAUUGUUUUUAUAGUAUCUUUGCAGUAAAAACGUUUAGCUUCCAGUGCUGUCAUGACAUUCUGUCCUUGUGGAUUGGAGUGGAACAGCAAAAUGUAAUUCAGAAAUAAAAUGAAUGUAUAUAU